AUAAUUGUAUCAUUGAUUUCAGACAUCAUCAAAAUUCAAGAAAAUGUCGUCCUUAGGAAUGCUAAUUCGUAAUACAUUCAUUAAUAAAAAUGCCCCUUUAAAUAACGGAGUUGGUCGAUUCAUUCCACAGCUGGCUAGAAUAACAUUAAAGUUUUGUAAGAGUCAUGGAUCAAGUACAGGAGUUCGCAGUUUUAUUGAACAAGAUAUUGUACAAUUUGCUAAGGAUAAUCCUGGUGUAGUUAUAUAUUUAAAACCCCGACGUCAUAGAUCCCCGGUCCUGGUAGCAGAGUUCCUGAACGGGGAACGACACUGGCAGUCCCUCAAUAAUUAUACUAAUAAUGAGGUUUCUGCAUAUUUCGAUGUUUACAGAUCACACUCUGGUAGAGAGUACUCCGAUCAAUUCAAGAAUACAUACACAGAUCAUCCGUCAAUACAGGGAUACUGGAACGGAACCACUAAUAAGGAACCUGGGGAUUCGUUCCUGCAAUAUCCUCAGCCUAAAGUUCCUCUUGCCCUGGAACCUUCCGCUACAGAGAUCCUACAGAACAUGUUCCAAAGUCAGGAAAGUCGGGGAAAUCUUCCCGCGGCCGAGGAGGAGAGAUUGCGAGUUGAGAAGCAAGGGACCACAAGAUAAAUAUAAAAAUUAAAUUUCCCGCAUUUCUUGAAUUUCAGA